AUGUCAGGAGAACUCAUUUUCAUCACUGGUGCCACGGGCUUCAUCGGGAGCGCCACUGCUUUGACCGCGCUCAAGGCGGGGUAUCGACUACGCAUUUGUUUGCGAAAACCGUCCACAGAACUUGAAACACUAUUUUCCGAUUACAAGGAGCAUAUUGAAUAUGUCACGGUCGCGGAUCUCAGCGACGAAAGCGCCUUCAGUGGGAAGCUUGAUGGAGCGGACUAUGUUUUCCAUCUAGCCUCCCCACUGCCUCACGGCACGAACAAGGAUACCUACUUUGCUCCCGCAGUCAAAGGUACAACAGCUAUUCUCCACGAAGCGGCAAAGGUACCGAGCAUCAAGAAGGUGGUCGUCACAGCAUCCAUGGCUUCUCUGAUGCCUCUGGCCGGCGUCCCUGAUGGUGGCAUCACCAAAGAGGACAACGAUUGGGAUCUCAGCGUCGAUGAGACUGCGGACUUCAACAAUCCCGCCGAUCCAGCUGGAACAGCAUUCAAACUCUACCAUGCGUCCAAGUUACUGGCCAACAACGCUACGUGGGAAUUCUGGAGAAACUCAAAGCCCCAUUAUUCCCUGGUGUCUCUUCAUCCAUCCUUUGUCCUCGGACACAAUCUUGUCCAGACUUCCGCCAAAGAUGUCGAAAAGGGAUCGAACGCUGGGCUAUGGCAGGGCAUCAUGGGAGGCGUGGCUACCCCGAUGGUGACUGGUGUACAUAUCCAAGAUGUUGCAGACGCCCACAUCAAAGCCUUGAGUCCCAGUGUUGCAAAUGGCUCAAAGUAUCUUCUUUCAGGAAACAAAACAAGUUGGAAGGAAAUCGCCCAGAUUGUGCUUCGUGACUAUCCCAACCUAGGAGCGAAGAUCACUGUCGAUCUGGAAGGAGAGUCUAUGGCGAUGGACACCAGCAAAGCAGAGAAAGAAUUGGAUAUUAAAUGGCGUUCUUUUGAGGAGAUUGUUCAUGACUUGUUGGAUCAGCAACUUGGAUUCAGUGAAAACUCGAAUUAG